AUGGAGAAGAGCUCUUCAGCAUCCUCCCUCGGCCCACUGGGCCUAGACAUAGCCCAAUCCUUCUUCAAGCCCAUCCAACAGGCGGAGCCACCCUCCCCCACCAAACGCCACACCAAGAUUUCAGUCAUCGGUGUCGGAAAUGUUGGCAUGGCCAUUGCCCAAACCAUACUGACCCAGGGCCUUAUAGACGAACUUGCGCUGGUCGACGUCAACCCCGAUAAAUUACGUGGCGAGAUGCUCGAUCUCCAGCACGCCGCCGCAUUUUUGCCGCGUACCAAGAUUCUUGCGUCGGUUGAUUACUCGGUCACCGCCGGUUCCGAUCUCUGCAUAGUCACAGCUGGGGUGCGACAAGGUUCUGGAGAGUCUAGACUAAACCUAGUUCAACGUAACGUGAAAUUGUUUUCUUGUAUCAUACCUCAACUUGCACACUCCUCACCUGAUUCCAUACUACUUAUAGUAACGAACCCGGUGGACGUACUAACGUAUGUUGCAUGGAAGUUGUCCGGCUUUCCACCUAAUCGGGUGAUUGGAUCGGGGACUAAUCUUGAUUCAUCGAGGUUUCGAUUUUUAAUAGCAGAUCAUCUUGAUGUUAGCGCUCAAGAUGUUCAGGCGUUCAUUGUUGGGGAGCACGGUGACAGCUCGGUGGCGCUGUGGUCGAGCAUAAGUGUGGGAGGAGUUCCAAUACUGGGUUUCUUAGAGAAUCAACAGAUCACCUUCAGUAAGGAGACCCUGGAGAAUAUACACAAAGAAGUUAUCAAUAGCGCAUAUGAAGUGAUUAGUCUGAAGGCGUGUACGUCAUGGGCGAUAGGUUACUCGGUGGCCAGCCUGGCUAGAACCAUACUAAGGGACCAGAGGCGAAUCCAUCCUGUGUCCAUUCUUGCUAAGGGCUUCUAUGGCAUUGAUGGUGACGAGGUGUUCUUGAGCCUGCCUGUGCAGCUUGGAAGGAGUGGGGUUCUUGGUGUGGCUAACGUUCAUCUAACCGAUGAGGAAGCUCAGCGACUCCGGGACUCAGCUGAGAUCAUUGCACAAGUUCAAAGCCAGCUUAAUGUCACGAAUUUAGAUAUUUCCUAACCACAACAGCCAUUUUAUUGGAAAUUGAGUUUGGCUGUCUAAAAUGAGAGCUUGUGAUUUUUAGGCAGAUGCGAAGACUAAAAUAAAAACAUUCCUAUUGUCAAAUAUAGAUUAACAUAGAAAAAGGUUCAGUGUAUUAUGAUCCUAGCUGCAGAUACAU